GCGAGGUGUCUCCCUCGCUCUCUCCCUCGCUCUCUCCCUCUGGCAAGUGGAGUUUUUAAAAAGCUCGAGCAGAUCAUGUCAUGACGACUUCGCUGCUCCUGCACCCGCGCUGGCCGGAAAGCCUUAUGUACGUCUAUGAGGACAGUUCGGCUGAGAGCAGCGGAGGAGGAGGCGGCGCCGGCGGCGGAGGAGGCGAGGGAGGCGGAGGAGGCGGCGGCGGCGGCGGCGGAGGAGGAGGAAGCGGAGGAGGAGGCGGGGGAAGCUGCAGCGGAGCCAGCCCCGGCAAAGCCCCGAUCAUGGACGGACUGGGCGGCAGCUGCCCCUCCAGCCACUGCCGGGACCUGCUCACCCACCCGGUUCUGGGCCGGCCCCCGGCUUCCCUGGGCGCCCCACAGGGCGCCGUCUACACGGACAUCCCCGCCCCAGAGGCGGCCCGCCAAUGCCCCCCGCCACCGGCGCCCCCCACCUCGUCCAGCGCUACCCUAGGCUACGGCUACCCUUUCGGGGGCAGCUACUACGGCUGCCGCCUAUCCCACAACGUGAACUUGCAGCAGAAGCCCUGCGCCUACCACCCCGGGGACAAGUAUCCCGAGCCGUCGGGGGCCUUGCCGGGCGACGAUUUAUCCUCCAGGGCCAAGGAGUUCGCUUUUUAUCCCAGUUUUGCCAGCUCCUACCAAGCAAUGCCCGGCUACUUGGACGUGUCCGUAGUGCCGGGCAUCAGCGGGCAUCCUGAGCCCCGCCACGACGCCCUCAUCCCCGUCGAGGGUUACCAGCAUUGGGCGCUCUCCAACGGCUGGGACAGUCAGGUGUAUUGCUCCAAGGAGCAGUCGCAGUCAGCCCACCUCUGGAAGUCUCCUUUUCCAGACGUAGUCCCCUUGCAACCCGAGGUCAGCAGCUACCGAAGGGGCCGAAAGAAGCGCGUGCCCUAUACCAAGGUUCAGCUGAAGGAACUCGAGAAGGAGUAUGCGGCCAGCAAGUUCAUUACCAAAGAGAAGAGGCGGAGGAUCUCAGCCACCACCAACCUCUCAGAACGCCAAGUCACCAUCUGGUUCCAAAACCGCAGAGUCAAAGAGAAGAAGGUGGUCAGCAAAGCUAAGGCACCCCAUCUCCACUCUACCUGACCUUGGAGCUCUGAGCCCCCUGUGCCUCCCCACCUAUUUAUAUCCCGCUUUGUACCAUAAAAAGAGCCCACCGAUGGACACUUCGCCGGUGAACCGAUUAUUUAAUAUUAAUACUAAUAAGUAAUAUUAAUGUGGAGAAAGAGGGGAAGGAAGGAAGGAAGGAAGGAAGGAAGGAAGGAAGGAAGGAAGGAAGGAAGGAAGGAAGGAAGGAUGGACGGACCCUGGCAGUGGGUGCAGAGAGGGGAUGUACACAUUCUUCUUUCUCCACCUCACUACUGUUCCAGGUGAAAAGCAGAGCUUUGAAUCCAGAAAUAUUUGGGCUCGUAUAGGUUUUGGGGGCUGGAUUCCAGUCAGUGGCUGGGGAGCAGUUUAGGUACAAUCUUCAAGAAGGUUGAACCUCCAUUGUCCUCCUUUUCCUCACUGCGUCUUCCUUCCCAGCCAUUCAUAAAUAGACCCUCACUUCCAGACCCCAGCAAAAUAUAUGGAAGGUAGAGAUGAAGUUUAUAGUAUCAUUCCAGUAAAAUCCAGGUUUUUGACUCUGCCCCCAUAUUUCUGGGAGCAAUAUAAACUCCCCCUAAUGAAGGCUUGUGGGGUAGGAUGUAGAGGGCUAACUUU